GCGGGCGCCUCACAUUUCGGUUUCUAUGUUUCGGCACGGGUGGCGGCAGCUGCCCGGGGGAGCAGCGGAGGGGCUGCUGGCUUCGCUGGGGUGGCUCCUGUUCUUCGUGUCCCUCAUGGCACACAUCCACUGUGAAGACGUGUUUGGCAUCGUGGGAGAAAACUUCACUUUUCCAGUGAAAAUAGACCAAAAAAUAGCGGAAAUUAUUUGGACAAAAGACAAGGAUAAAGUGGCCGAAUGGGAAGAGCAAAACAAUCUGAUAUAUUUUACUUCUCUCCGUAACAGAGGCUUGCUUAACAAGGAGAAUGGGUGCUUGACUAUAUUUAACUUGGAGAACAACGAUGCUGGCACAUACGUAUUAGACUACUUUGAUUCUCUGAAAAUAAACUAUAUCUUAACGUUCGUACUUAGUGUGUUAGCUCCCCCUUCAGAACCUGAAAUAAGUUGCAACAUCAGUGGUGAUGACCUUGUGUUAAAAUGUACAGCGGAUUUCCAGCAGCCUCUGAAUUACACUUGGAAGUUCAGUAGCAUACAAAUCGCUCGUCAGACCCAGGAAGUUUUCAUCCCUAAGGAGAAUGUUGAUGCUUCCGAGAAAGCUGCAUGUUUCAUUAAAUUCUCUCAAACAGAAAAGAGCUCUGAAAUCUCUUUGACUCAGUGCUUUCCAGAUAAACAAGGAGAUAGCUAUCACAAAAGAAGCAGAGGUGGUCUUAUUGUGGCUUUUGUUCUCUUAAUUCCAGUUGUAGGAAUACUAGGAUUCCUAUACAGAAGAGACAAAGAAUUGAACAAGGAGGACAGUGCCCUGAAAGACAAGCAGACAGUUAACAAUGGUGUAAAUCAGGAAGAAGCGACCGAGGAUGCAGAAGGUGGAAACGGGGAGCGCCUGAGCAACUCUCCCAGCUGCAGUAAAGAAGAUCUUAAAUCAUAAGCAAAUAAUUGCUUUGCCAACCAAAGAAGAAUGGAAGAGAAGCAGUAGAAUUCAACGGUGAAGGAGCUGCUAUCUUUUCUCUUGGAGGUUUUCCAUCAGCACUUGAAGCCAUCAAUAAAGAAGGCUUUGAAGACUAGCUGAGCUGUUGCCAGUGCCUAUUUUGCUUUUCUCAGAAGGGACAGCCUCCUUUUCUAGUGUCACUGCAUGAAGAGAAAUAGGCCGGAUCAUGAACAAAAUAUUUUGUAUUGUUUUGUAUCUGGUUUUAAUAAACAGUGCUCUACUAACACAAAAUGUAAGAGCUAAGGCCUUUUUUAUAAUUGGUAUUUAGAGAUUAACAAAGUCAUAUCCAUUUGCAUGAAUGUGGAUAAAUCA